AUGCAAUCUUAUCUUGAUGCUUAUUACUACUUAGAAAAAGCAAAUAAAUCAUCAAAAGAUCCGUCAUAUUGUUCUAGAAGUGAAAAAGAUGAAGAAAUUGAACAGAAAGCUUUUAAUAGAACUUUUCAAGAUCCAAGUAACCUUUCAGAAAGGUUCAUACAAUUUAUUGACAAAUGUCCAUAUAAUUACGAAAUGAUAAAAAGUUAUUAUGUGCCAUACAAAACCUUAGUUCGAGCCAGUUCAGUUGAAUACCUGUUUGCAUUCGAUGAAGCUCGUAUACUGGUUGGUAAAAAGGUUGAAAGUAAGAACAUUGAAAAAAAUUCACUGUUCUAUUAUAUUCGAAGUGCUUUAAUUUUUUUAUCCGAAAAAGCAGGAAUUUUUGCAGUCUUUACAGACAUACAUUCAAAUAUUUUGAACUUUUUGCCCACUUCUUACCUUAAUUUAUCUAAAAGAAUUGCACAGCAUAGUUCCAAAUUAUUUGCACAGUUUUAUUUACUAGCCACUAUGAACAUGAAUAUCAAUUUUGUUAAUUUUAAGGAAACUAUGACAUUAAAGGAGUCAGAAGACCUACAACAUUUCUUUCAGUAUGGAAGACCUUUGUGGGGUUCACUAUUAAUGCCUUCUAGUGAUACUAAAGGGAUGGAACCAGAAU